CGGCUCAAUAAUUGAGAAUCGAAUCAAAUUACGAUUUCUCGCCUACCCCGUGAUCCAAAAACACCCCAAUUGUCAAUAUUCUCCGGGCUCCGAACAAACGCACAAAAAAUGGAAACAGAGAAGCAGGUGGAGGUGGGAAAGCAGCAAUCUUGGGAGAGAGAUGAUUUAACAACAAACACCAAAUUUUACCCAUUAACAAUGGCGGAACCAGUAGAAUACCAGCAACUUGUUCAAAGUUCUGAGCUCUUCCUGCAAAAACUCAAGGAUUUUCACUCUUACUUCCAUACCCAAUUCAUCCCCCCUUGUAUUGAAGGAACAACUUUAGAUUUACAUCACCUAUUUGUGGAGGUUACAUCUCGUGGUGGUCUUAACCAAGUUAUUGCUGAACGUAAAUGGAAUGACGUGGUUUCCGCCUGUACAGUUGGGAUAACUAGUUUCAAAAAAUCAUUUCUCCUACGUAAAUACUAUUCUUCAUUGCUUUAUCACUUUGAGCAGGCUUAUUUCUUAAAGAAAAAAGCACCAGAAGUUUCCAUCACUGAGGCUGCAAAACAAAUUGCGGUUAUUGGAUCCAACAAGCAAGCUACCUUGAAAUGCAAUGAGGGAUCUGCCGCCAAUAGUCAUUUUCAAGCAUGUGUCCAAAUACAGCGGGAAACUACUUUGGUUGGAGUUAUCGAUGAAAAGUUGGAUAAUGGAUAUGUUGUGUCUGUGAACAUGGGUUCUGAUCUCCUGAAAGGCAUCUUGUAUCACAUUCCAGACAAACCACCACCUGCUUGGAGUCCAAAUCUUGGUAUAUCGCGGCGAAGGAAGCGGAAAAAGUCCCACCUGUCACUAGUGGAAUAUGCUACUUUAAACCCGAUGCCUCAAGGACAAGAAAAGUCCUUUAGCAACGUUGGACAUACAUGGAAUCCAUUAUCAAAACCCGAGAUGCAGAUUCAUCAAAACGGAGGAGUAGCGAAUAAGGAGUCUGAGCGUGCUGAAGUUGUAAACCCAGCUAGUAAUUUACUAUAAGUCUGCUUAGGCGAUUACUGAUUAACUAUAUGCGUAAACGUAUCUGAGUAUUAGUGCAGUAGUAACACCUUUCCGUGAUCACCUCAAUACUGAUAAUGAAGACUUAUAGGAAUCUUGGAUCUUUUGAGAUCGUCUUCUUUUGUAGGAGAGUUGUAUGAAAUACUGAUUUUGUAGUUUAGUGUAGUCGUGUAUGCACAUUUGACGAGUUCGUAGUUAGUUGUAACUCAAAAAAGUGUUUGUUGAU